GGGUGAGGGGCCAAUCCUGAGUAUCGCGCAUGCGCCUCGCCUCGCUGGCCUUUGAACUCCGAGGCUUUCGCCGGGGGAGGGGAAAGAUGGCGGCGGCGGUCCUUGCAGACUUUGGUGCAUCAUGGAUACAGAGCCUGAGGAGCCGGGGGAAGCUGGCCUUGGGGCUGCUUUCAUCUCACAGUGUGUUACCCCAGUCUUCCAUCCACAUAAGUGCUUCACUUGACAUUUCUCGAAAAUGGGAGAAGAAGAAUAAAAUAGUUUAUCCUCCACAACUGCCUGGAGAACCUCGGAGACCAGCAGAAGUCUACCACUGUCGAAGACAAAUAAAAUACAGCAAAGACAAGAUGUGGUAUUUGGCAAAAUUGAUACGAGGAAUGUCCAUUGACCAAGCUUUGGCUCAGUUGGAAUUUAGUGAUAAAAAAGGGGCCCAAAUAAUUAAAGAGGUUCUUUUAGAAGCACAAGAUAUGGCAGUGAGAGACCACAAUGUGGAAUUCAGAUCCAAUUUAUAUAUAGCUCAGUCCACCUCAGGGCGAGGCCAGUGCCUGAAACGCAUCCGUUACCAUGGCAGGGGUCGCUGUGGGAUCAUGGAGAAGGUUUAUUGCCAUUAUUUUGUGAAGCUGGUGGAAGGACCCCCACCUCCACCUGAGGCACCGAAGACAGCAGUCGCCCAUGCCAAGGAGUACAUUCAGGAGCUUCGCAACCGGACCAUCAUUCACACUCUGUGAUGGUGAAAUUCAGACUCCACAGUGUAUAUAUUUUGUCGUUUAUUUUUUAAAAAUAAAAAUUAAAUACAACUGCUUUUUA